UAUUACUUUCCCUGUCAACAUGGAUCCAACUACAAAAAACAACAUUAUGUCUUGGACUGAGUGGACAACAAGGUCAACACCAGUAAAAAAGAAACUGCAAAAUGGCACUACCACGGAAAUUGACAUGAAAACCACCACCCUGGAGAAAAAAGUGGUCACUAUUGAAAAACUUGUAGAGCUAACCAAGUCAGAACUGCCCCGGAUCUCUACUCAUUUGUAUAACAUUUGGCACCAGUUCACUCAUCUUAAGCAAUUGAAAGAAAAUUUGACCCAGCAUGAUGUUGUAGUCCAUGUUGAUUACAGUGAAAACUACACCUGCAAAUGGAGCAAGGAAAUAAAAGACGCUCACUUUGGUGGAUCCCACCAGCAAGUCACACUCCAUACAGGGGUGUUAUACUACACUGGUGGUCAGGCUGAGUCCUUUGCUACUGUGUCUGCCAGUUUACAGCACGAUGCUGUUGCUACAUGGGCACAUUUGCAACCAGUUUUAGGAUACAUAACAUCUAACUACCCCCUGGCAAAAAAUAUCCACUUCCUGUCCGAUGGACCAACAUCUCAAUAUCGGAAUAAGGUAGCAUUCUACCUUGCGUCCACAGUGCCUUUUAUGAAAGGGUUUAAGACUGUGACGUGGAACUUCACUGAGGCCUCUCAUGGGAAGGGAGCUCCUGAUGGAGUAGGAGGUGCUCUUAAAAACCUUGCAGAUCGUGUGGUGGCCUAUGGCACAGACAUCCCAAAUGCUUCUGCUCUACUAGAGAAUCUGGCAAAGCACUCAUCUGUUAGGCUUUUUGAAGUAACAGAGGAUAAUAUUGCUGCAUGUGGGGAACUCGUUCCUCCAUUCCUGAAAUCAGUCCCAGGAACUAUGAAAAUACACCAGGUUGUUGCUACUGAACCAGGAAAUAUUAGAUUUCGAGAAGUUUCGUGCUUCUGUAGUCACUCUUGUGACUGCUUCUCUCCAAAGGAGUUUGUUUUCACGCAAAGGGAAUCUGAAGAGACCAUCAAAGUAGGAACAUGGGUCCUUGUGGACUAUGACGGAGACCUCUAUCCUGGCACAGUAACACAGAUUGCCAGUGGUCAGUAUGAGGUUGAUACAAUGAGCUGUGCGGGAGACAAUCGCUUCUACAUACCAUCAAUAAGGUUUGCUGGUGAGAAGGUAUGGUAUUAUUUGGAUGACAUCAAAGAAAUUAUUCCUGAACCACUGCCUACCUCUUCAUCCGCAAGACACUUCUGUGUGGUGUCAGACAUCUGGGCCAAGUACAAAAAGAAAGUCCAAUGAAUUAUUAAAAUUAAUGAACAUUUAGUUUUUUUAUGUAUGUACAUUAAAUCUAAGUGUCUAAGUGGCAGUCAAGACUUUCAUUAACUAUGACGCCUGGUAAAUCAGGCCAGACCUAGAAGGAAAAAAAGGUCACAAAUCAUCUAGGAACAAAAAAAAAUCCAUCAUCAUAUCUUUUUAUGUCUCCCUUUAUCAGUAGUUCAGGGUCAUUUUCUGAAUUUGAUUUGAUAUCAAUUGAGUCUUACCUUUCCCCACACAAUUUUGUUGCUCAGAUUACUGGGCCAUUUGAUGAAGACAUCAGCUGCUUUUCCUCUGCUGAAAACAGGGUAAACUGUUUCAUUGCCUGAAAUGGCUGGGAAAAAUAUGGGACUAUUUUUCUGUUCAGUUUGUGUGUCAACUUAAUAAACUUAACAUUUUAAAAAUGUAUGUUUUACUAGGGUAUUUUAUUGUUUGGGUAGUUAAAUAUUAAUGUAGUUAUGAAGGGUUCACUACCGAAACAUUCUUAUUCAUUACCGACAUGUGUUUUUUCAUUACCGCUAUGUUAACUGUAUGAGGAUUUAUUUAGAUUAGUUAUGUGAAUUACUUUUAUAUUCAUCCCUUGAUGAAAUGUGCCAGACCCUUUUAUGUUAUGGUUAUAUUGUUUGUUCAAUGUAAUGAUUUGAUAAAAAAUCACAAUCAAAAUUGACUUUGAAAUUUGUAUCACUGUUACGGUGAUGAAAUGAUUUUUUGCAUUAAAAUAUAACAUUUUGUAAAAAAAA